UAGUUUGCUAUGAGAGUAAAAGGCAGUGGGCGGAAAGACUCACUAAACAUUGCUAGAAGGGAGUCCCGUUAUGCAGCAGGGAGAGCCGUCAGAUGAUCAAACAGGUUGUAAUUAAGAUUGUUUGUUCUAGUUAUCCAAACCAAAUAUCAUAAAAAUAAAGGUUUGUGCCACAUAUAGAACGUCCAAUUUGGACUAGGAAUGAGCGCUGCAGAAACCAACGUUUACAGAAGCGGAUCCUGACACCAUCCGUGGGUGUUUGAUCAAGUCUUCCAUCAUGGUGUAUGUUAUAUUGGUGUGUAUAUAUAUAUAUCUGUAGUAUUAUAUUGCGAAUCCUCUGGCGGGGGAAAAAAAGCAAUUUGAGAAACUAACCAUUUCUUUAAUGCAGCAAAUGAAAAACUAGAAACUAGACGCCCCCUCCCAUCACAGGUUGUGAGUAGUUCAGUUGAAGGGUAUUGUUCCUCACUCAUUUCAAAGAGAUGUAACCGUAUUUCACAAGAAAGAAGAAGGGAAUAGAGAAAGGUCUGAAAAAUACACAUUCAUAACAUUGUGAAGCAGAACGUAGUUCUUCGGUUGUUGGUCCGUACCAGGGUUGGAUUGACAGCUUUCACACCAGCCCAAACAAUCGUACUAGCCAGGAAAAGGGACCCCAGUUUGUUUUUACUGAACCAUUCAGUUUAGCCGUGUAAGCACCUGUAAUGUCUCCAAAUAUCCAGAAAAACAGAGCAGAAUUUUCCUUUGUAACAAUGUGAAAUGAUUGCACUCAUGGACCGUGUCUCUUAGUUUGUUUUUACAAGUUUUAUAACUUUCUCAGCGUGUGUCGCUCCAACAGUGUGUGUGGGGGGGGGGGUCUCCCUCCUGAGCUGUCAUUAUCUCCAGGGUUUGGUGUAAGAGGGCUGUAAUUAUGGCUUGGCUGUGUGGGUGGUUGGGUGCUGAAGUCAUGAAGGCUGACAGCCAAUUGGACUGCGAGUGCUUGAGUAUUGUUUGUGCAGGUGUCUGUAUGUGCUCACGUGUGUGUGUGUGUGUGUGUGUGUGUGUGUGUGUGUUCACCUCCUGAGUGUCUGAUUAUACAUCCGAGUGUGUGUGUACGUGGGCUUAUUUCUCGGUCUGUCAGCCAGCGCAGGGGGGCAAGCCUCAGUCAGCGUCGGAAAUAGAAACGACUAAGCCAUCGAACACUUUUAUACAUACCGACAGGGUUUGAAAACGGAGAGAGCAUCAGGAUGAAAAUUGGUUCCAUCUAUCUUUCCUCUGCGUGUCUAAUCUUGUUCCGGUGGGGGGGGGGUUUCUCUCCUCUAAUCAAGGCAGGAUGCUGAUGGGAGUAUAAUGUCGACAGAGUGAGGAGUGUUAAUUGGUUGCUGAAUCAACUCUAAACACCUCCUCAUGAGUCAAAUAGUGGCACUUGGAAUGGUGACCCAGCACUGACAUGUUCCGCUGUCGAGCAACAGCUCGUCCCAGACACUGAUCGUACACUCGUACUGCCGUGAAAAUGUUUUAUCUCCAAUAUGACAGCUUUACAACAGCCCAUAAGAGGCCUUGUUUUUAACCUUGGUAAUCAUUUUGAGUUGAUUUAGAUUGAUUCUGGUAUAUUUCAUAAACCAAAGUUUACCCCAGACCACAGAAUCAAACUCCAAGUGGAAAAAAGAGAGAGAUUGCACACCGAUUUUGGCAGCAGCUGUUUGUUUGCACUAAUUCUGUGGCAGAAGCGACUGCAGCGAUUUGAUGCCUGGAUGCUUUCCACCUGAGUUUAGGAGGGUGUUGAUAAGACGGAGAACAAAGACACAGACGGAGAGGAGAAGCAGAAGAAACAUAAAAUCAGAGGAAGGCACAGUUAUCAGUGACACUAAUGUGAAGAUGAUUAGGUCCAAUAAGUCACGGAGGACUUGAACGCUCGCAGGCUAUGUUUACCCUGCAGGCCCUCAUGCUCAAUGACAAAUUCUGGUUCAUGUUGCAGAGAGGAUCGGUAGCUUAGUUUUUGUAACACUGUAUGUGUGUGUGCUCUCUGUUUAUGCAUGUAUCAUAAAUGUACAUUUCUGAUGAUAACUAUCGCAAACAAUAUGUCAUAAGAACAUUUUGUAUUACUGCAUACAAAGGGCUUGGUCUCAUGAAAUGCAUAACAGUGGUACAAUUGCUUUAGUUGCAUCAUACAUAUUUGAUUCUGGUUUUUAUUUUUAUUUAUUUAUUUAUUUAUUUUUUUUGAGAUUUGCUGCAUUGUGCUGCAUUUUCAUACUGUAGAAUAUAAUGUUCUGAGUUUUGCACACAAAAUUCCAAUUUUGACUCGAUGCAGUAUCUCCCUCAGAGGAAAACAAGUGAGUUUCCUCUUAAAUGUUGUGUCCGGUACUCCGGUACAGCUUGCUCUAAGGUUAUGGCACCUGUGACAGCCGAGGGUUAACCUCUGGUCAAGACGAUGCAGAGUGAUUAUGGACUUAGGACAAAUUUCAUGAAAUAACACCCCGGGUAAAAGAGGGGGAAAACCACCUUGGACACUGAAUUGUGACCCUACCGUUUCCCAACUCGACGUACUUGAAAUGCUGAGUGCUGUCGCUGGUGACAUGCACGGUUCCGCUUAGCAACCAGAGCUUGCAAUUUAGACCAUAGGUGGCAUUAGUCACCACCAUCAGCACAGAGUGGGUGGGCGACACCGCUAGACUUGUUCUCAUCAGCAGCGGAGUGGCUGUGUGUCUCCGGCGUGCUGUCGGUUUGAGAAUUGCUGUUGUUAUUGCGGUGAAGCAGAGGCCACGAACGUGUUGUCCACAUUCUGUCUGUUUCGUCACAUUUUAAGGGUGUAAGUUUGAGGAUUUGUGCCGCCAGUGAGCAGAAACUCUAAUGUGAAAAAGUAAAUGGUAAAAAAAUGAAGCCGAGGCAUUGCAUUCCUGAAAAUGUUUAAUUUGGAUAAUUUCAAAGAUUUAGUUCCCCUUAACACAGUGGAGGUAUUAGUGAAGGCAGCAGAGCGUGCUUAAGCCGAGAGGAACGAGUGUGCAUCUCUCCUAAAGCCUUUUAUUGCUGUUCAUAUGAAACCACAUUACAAAGGGAUAAACACGAACAUUCAGAAGUGGUUGCCAGGCUGAAGUAGUGCAGCUGUUGUCAUGUUCUUCACAUGGUCCCUCAAAAACGAAUCCAGCAAGUCGCUUGUUCAUCCGUUCUUUGUUUAUCUGGACCUUUUUGUGCUGAUUCCCACCACAGAGCCUUUUGCCCUUCAGCGUUCAAGUCUUGGUUCGUUGGUCCCUCAAGCUCAACCAACAUCAGUUUGUCCAUCAUCUGUACUUUCAGAGAUGACCUCCAAUCAGCCUUGAUUCUUCCUAGACAGCUAAAUUACCCCCCUCACAUACAGCAGAGGCGGCUGGGAGAGCACCACAUCAUGUAGCAUCAGAAUGUGGGCAAUAAAUGUUCACAUUGAUUUAUUUUGGGGUGCACAUUUUCUGUCUCAGGGAUAGCUCAACUGGGACGGACUAUUAAAAGUAGGCUACAAAGAGAGAAUUAUCGGAGGGGUUGCCGGAGAUGAAUAAGAUGUCAUUUACCUUUCAGGAUCUAUUUCUCUUAUGGGCCUUUACAUCUUUGUGCCUGGAAAUCUCUGGUGUAUUUGCUGUUUUAUUUCCCACGCUUUGUGUUGCCAACUUAAUUAGCAUCGGUGGAGUUGGCUUGUUAGGUUUCAACAGGCAGCUGUGAUGAUGGAGGCAUUUGGAUGAGGUUGUCAGCACUGUAGAGGGGGGGUCCCCUAGUGUCGUGGGUGUUGAGAGCUACAGCGUCACUUAGGGGAUUAUUCAGGAGUCACAGAAAACAAUUCCUUCCACUAAUUCAAAGUGAUUCAAUCAAAUAUGCAAGGUCUGAAUGCUGAAGCUCAGUUGAAGUGUAAAACAUUAACUUGUUUUUUUUAACAGUUACAAUUAUAAUCGGCAACAAAUUAUCACAUAGAGGUCUCUUAGUUGCGUUUGUUGUGAGGUGCUGAUGAACUUAUUUGCCUGUUUUGUUUUGGCCCCACUGAAGUAAUCAGGAAAAUGUUUCAUAAUGAAUAAAGCUGCUGUGCUUCACUGAUCACGGACGUGCAGCAUUAUUUUAUUAAAGAGCCCAGUUGCAGCCUCUCCUACUGUCUGUUUGCUUCGACACUAUAGUACCUCAUCCCGGCAUUCAGUAUCAUAUAAGACGGAUAUCGGUACAGUUUAUCUGGCUGUUUCAGAUGAAUGAAAGGGACAAUGAAAGAUACUUUCACUCAUUAAAACCACAUUAGUAAUUACUUUUUUUUCAAAGGCCCCAAAGAUAGGAAAACAAGAACAUAAAAUGUUUGUGUGUGUAUCUAUCUAUCUAUCUAUCUCAGUUCAUCCAUGGAUCAAUACGGUCUGGGCUGAGAUUAAUAACUAAAGAAGACAUUAAAAGUUAUCCAAAUAUGAAAUUUUGCAGCUGUUUCUAUCUACAUCGCAAAUAAAAGCCGAUUGUCCUAUUUAAUGCAAAUGAGGAUGGCACCACCACGGCUUUCUGGCACAUCGUCAUGCUGGGAGCUGUUGUUUUAUUCAUGAAACUGUUGAACGUGGCCUGUUUGUGUCUUUUAAUGUGGCCUAAUAAAAGUGCCUGCAUAUUUCCAGACAAGUUUCUAAGGGAAAUAGUAGUUGUAUCCUAAAACCCCAAACAGUCGUAUUCAUUCUGUUUUAUUGGAAACAUAUAUGAGUAAAUGCUGCACGCGCUGAAGUAGUGUUUCUUUACGGUUCAAGGGACUCCCAUCUUCAUAAGAGAUUGAAAGGAAUGAUGUAAUGGUCCCAUGGACAAAAUGAAGACGAUGACUUUCCCUGCGACAUCUUCAUUUUUGGAAGAGAACUUAAGGUUAUGACUAGUAAAUGGGUAGUUAAAGCAUUUUUUGUUUUUUUUGUUGCACGAAACAGCCGUUGGCCAAACAGCAGUCGGCAAGCAAAAGCAUCCCUGUGUGCACGGCACUCAAGUGCGUGUGUGCACUCCUGUAUGUAAGCCUGCCAGUGGCAUUGGCUAGACUUCUUCCUCCUCUCUGGCUAUGCUGUGCACAGGCAGACAGCUCGCCCACAGCAGCGCCAGCUCACUGCCUUAAUAUGUUUUGACAGAGGAAGCAUUAUCGCAGUUAUUGACGCCCAUCUGCAGCACGGAGGGAGGCCUGGUUGCUCACCAAGACUGUGAAAUUCUCCGGCCCAUCAAUGGCGUGUUCUCACAGGCAGGAUGUAGUUCACAAAUUAAAGUCACAAAUGUCCCAUAUGUUUACUCUAUCGAACAUAUGCAAAUUCCAUCAAUGAAGAAUGUAAACACAGUUUUCAUCCAACAAUUAAGGUGGGGCAAAAUGGCCUUAAAAUCUCAUCCCAUCCGAUUUUUUUUUUUUUUUUACGAUAUACAAUUACCUUUUUACAUAAUUAUUAACUAGGCCUAGAAAAGAAUUUCGAGGCAGGAUUUGUAAAAUGUGCUGUUGAAGUGAAAAUCCACUUUCACUUUUAAAUGUUGUCCCAACCAUGUAUUCUAAUAAGUUUUUUUCGCCCAGCUCUACCAACAAUAUGAUCACAUGUUCCCUCAACUGCAUGUUUCUGCAAAACUGUGACAGCAGUGGCACUUUGUUGCAGCAUGGUCUCUUAUCAGCUCUGUCUCAAAAAUACUCUUCCCUUUUUUUCUUUUUUUUUUCUCUGUUCUCAUUUUUUGAUCUCAGUGGCUGGAAGUUGGGAUCUGGAAUUUAUUCAAGUUUACGUGCCAGGCUCUUCAGAGUGGAAUGCUUUACCAGACAUAUACUCAGCUAAUAGGCUUCACUGCAGCUCUCUCUCUCUCUCGCUGGUUUUAUAUCCCUGCAUUUUGCUGCACUGUCGAAAUCCAGCCAAAAAUAAUGUAUGUAAAUAUACCAGUGUGAUUAUGAAGCAACUCAGUUGGCUAAACAUAAUGCAGUAAUUCUGGAGCUCUGGCUACAAUGGAAAUAAACUGCAUCCCGUAAGCAUGCAUCCAACAGGCCUGUAAGCUCAUAAUAAUGAGCUGGAGAUGAGAAAUAUUACCCGGUCUCAAAUUACUACUGUAUUCAUGUCUGGCACAAAGGAGUAUGGCAACUAAUGCCAAUCCAGUAUUUGGAUGUACAUUUGAAUCCUGUUUAAUGCUCUAGGGUUUUUUUUUUUUUUGGUUGUUUUUCUCGUCAUUGUAGCAUAAUCUGUUUUAUUUUACUCUGGCCGUGGUGCAGGUCCCAGCAGGUAUUGUGAUGUACCUGAAGCAUGUGAAGUGGUUGAGCACCUUGUUCAAGGGCGCUGCAUUAAUACGACCUAACGAGAGAUGAAACCCAGGGCCGCGCUGCCACCUGUGUCAUUAGAUAAACAGUACAUUACGUCGGCACUGGCUGAUGCCUGUUUGGGGUACAGUGUCAUUUUGCUGCUGUUGUCAAAUCAGAUCAGACUCCCACAAUCUGCAGUUCUCUACUUCCCCACAGAGUGUCUCUGUGCUCAAGUCUGUUUCUAGUGAUGAACUUGCCUGCAUCCUUUUCUCUAUCAUUCGUCCACAAGCACUUACAAGAUGGACAUAGUCUCAUUAAGAACAUAUUUGAUUUUCACACAUGAUUAAAUAAUAACAAAUUGUUCGUUGUUCUGCAUAUUUUUGUUUCCCAUGAAAUGCAUUACUGUUUUUAAGUGCUGCUAAGGAUAGGAGAGGAGAAUACCCUUACUAUUAUUUACACGGAGGGAGUUGACUCGAUGCAUACAUAUAACAUUAUCACCAAUACCUUUACAGGCAUACACGCAUUAACAACAAUGGGUUAAUCAAUACAACCAGAGUCUGCUUUAUGCCAGGAAACACCAAGCUGCUCCAAUGAAACAGUCGGGGCUAAGUAGCUUGCUCAUGUACACAUUUACACCAGCUGUUUAGAAAAAUUAAAAUCCCUAAAUUGUGCUAUCCAGUCACAGAUUAAAUAUGCAUCCCUCUCUUUGCAGGCCCCACCUCUCUAAUCCCAAGGCAACUAUCAACACAUCAUUUGAUGCAUUUCCUGUAGGCUGAUCUCCAAAUGCCAUGUUCAGUAGACGUGGGUUGUAUUAUGUGUUUCCUAAAUGCGUUACUAAUGCGAGUUGAGUUUAUGUGGCUACUCUGGCUCCAUUAGAAAUAAACUGGAUCAUGUAAGUCUGUCAAUAAGGCCUGUAGAUCAUGAUCAGGAAAUGAGAAAUCUGAACCCCUCCCUCUGAGAUCGACCCAUGAUGUCAUCAUCAGAGACCCAGAAAACCCCGGAGCCCACCUGGUCCUUCAACCCACUCCGGACCGUGGGCUCUUUCUGGAGCGAUGCCGGCCAAAGGUAUCAAGAGGAGUACAGUAUGGACUCAACCAAUGCCCAGGUGCAGGUGGAGUUCUAUGUGAACGAAAACACCUUCAAGGAGAGGCUGAAGCUUUUCUUCAUCAAAAACCAAAGGUCAAGCCUGAGAAUCCGCCUGUUCAACUUCUCACUGAAGAUUCUCACCUGUGCCCUCUACAUGCUGAGGGUCAGCCUGGAUAACCCCAAGGAGGUCGACGACAACCCAUGUUUUAAUCUCCACACUGCAAUAUGUCGGAGCAACAACAGUACAGUAGACUCGGCAGGAAUCGACUGGUCGUUGAUUUUCUGCGUUGAAAGACGGGAAUCUGUAUGGGCGAUACAGGUGACAGUGGCCUUAAUCAGUUUCUUGGAGACCGUGCUCAUCACAUAUCUCAGCUACAAGGGGAACAUUUGGGAGCAGAUCUUCCAGAUAACCUUCAUAUUGGAGAUGAUCAAUUCAGUGCCAUUUAUAAUCACAAUCUUCUGGCAUCCAUUGAGAAACAUCUUCGUCCCGGUGUUUCUUAACUGCUGGCUUGCCAAAGGUGCCCUGGAGAACAUGAUCAAUGACUUCCAUCGUGCCAUCCAGAGGACCCACUCUGCCAUGUUCAACCAGGUGUGCAUCCUCAUCUGCACCUUACUGUGUCUGGUUUUCACUGGAGCUUGUGGGAUCCAGCAUCUAGAGAGAGCCGGGAAGCACCUGGACCUGUUUGAUUCCUUCUACUUCUGCAUCGUCACCUUCUCCACUGUGGGCUACGGGGACGUCACGCCACAGAUCUGGCCCUCCAAGCUGCUGGUGGUCAUUCUCAUCUGUGUUGCGCUGGUGGUGCUCCCGCUGCAGUUUGAAGAACUAGCAUACCUGUGGAUAGAGAGCCAGAAGUUAGGAGGGAACUACAGCCGCCACCGGGCGCAGACAGAGAAACAUGUGGUGUUGUGCGUCAGCUCGCUGAAGAUUGACCUGCUGAUGGAUUUCCUGAACGAGUUCUACGCUCAUCCGAGACUACAGGACUACUAUGUGGUGAUCCUGUGUCCAACGGAGAUAGACAUUCAGGUUCGCCGUAUCCUCCAAAUCCCUCUGUGGUCCCAGAGGGUCAUCUACCUUCAAGGAUCUGCCCUCAAGGACCAGGACUUGAUGAGGGCCAAGAUGGACGAUGCCGAGGCCUGCUUCAUCCUCAGCAGCAGGAACGAGGUCGACCGAACUGCUGCUGAUCAUCAGACUAUUUUGAGGGCUUGGGCUGCAAAAGAUUUUGCUCCAAAUUGCCCUCUCUACGUCCAAAUUCUCAAACCAGAAAAUAAAUUCCAUGUGAAGUUUGCAGAUCACGUAGUAUGUGAAGAGGAGUUCAAGUAUGCCAUGUUGGCAUUGAACUGUGUGUGUCCCGCCACGUCCACCUUAGUCACACUCCUGGUUCACACCUCCAGAGGACAGGAGGGGCAGAUGUCCCCGGAGCAGUGGCAGAAGAUUUAUGGACGCUGCUCUGGAAACGAGGUCUACCACAUCCGCUUGUGUGACAGCAAGUUUUUUGGGGAGUAUGAUGGGAAGAGCUUCACCUACGCCUCCUUCCACGCCCACAAGAAGUAUGGUGUGUGUUUGAUCGGAGUGAAGAGGGAGGACAACAAGAGCAUCCUCCUUAACCCGGGCCCCCGCCACAUCAUGGCUGCCACAGACACCUGCUACUACAUCAACAUCACCAAGGAGGAGAACUCGGCCUUCAUCUUCAAAGAGGAGGAGAAGCACAACAAGGGCCUGUCUGUGUCCGGCCUCUACGACGCCCCCUCCAGGCUGCCCGUGCACAGCAUCAUCGCCAGCAUGGUUGAUCAGGCCACUGCAUAUGGCACUGUGGCCAUAGACCUCCAGAACCCUGAUCCUCCCGAGGAGAGCAGCAAGCUGACCCUGCCGACGGAGAACGGCUCUGGAAGCCGCAGGCCGAGCAUCGCGCCUGUCCUAGAGAUCGCUGACUCCUCCGCCAUUCUGCCCUGCGACCUCCUCAGCGACCAAUCGGAGGACGAGACCAACCAAUCAGACGAGGAGGGUUCUGUAGGGUCAGAUUUUGUGAAGGGCUACCCUCCCAACUCGCCCUACAUCGGCAGCUCUCCAACUCUGUGCCACCUCUUGCCACAGAAAGCUCCAUUCUGCUGCCUUCGCCUUGACAAGGGCUGCAUACAUAGCAGCUUUGAGGAUGCCAAAGCAUACGGCUUCAAGAAUAAGCUGAUAAUCGUGUCCGCAGAGACGGCGGGAAACGGUCUCUACAAUUUCGUUGUCCCUCUGCGUGCUUACUAUCGGCCCAGGAAGGAGCUCAACCCCAUAGUGCUACUGCUGGACAACCAGCCAGACAACCACUUCUUAGAGGCCAUUUGCUGCUUUCCAAUGGUUUACUUCAUGGCUGGCACAAUCGAUAACUUGGACAACCUGCUUCAAUGUGGCAUAAUUUACGCUGACAACUUGGUGGUUGUGGACAAGGAGAGCACCAUGAGCGCCGAGGAGGACUACAUGGCAGAUGCCAAGACCAUCGUCAACGUCCAGACUAUGUUCAGGUUGUUCCCCAGUCUCAGCAUCAUCACGGAGCUCACACAUCCGUCCAACAUGAGGUUCAUGCAGUUCAGAGCCAAGGACUGCUACUCUCUCGCUCUCUCCAAACUGGAGAAGACGGAGCGUGAUAAGGGCUCCAACCUGGCCUUCAUGUUCCGGCUGCCGUUUGCUGCGGGCAGGGUGUUCAGUAUCAGCAUGUUGGAUACACUGCUUUACCAGUCGUUUGUUAAGGACUAUAUGAUCGCUAUUGCGAGGCUGCUUCUUGGUCUGGACACCACGCCUGGCUCUGGGUACCUGUGUGCUAUGAAGAUCACAGAAGAGGAUCUGUGGAUCAGGACUUAUGGCAGACUCUUCCAGAAGCUUUGUUCCUCCAGCGCCGAGAUCCCCAUAGGGAUCUACCGCACGGAGUCGCACAUGUUCUCAACCUCAGAAGGCAAGGACAGUUACGCACAGUCUCAGGUGUCCAUAAACAUGCAGCAAGGCGAGGAGCAUCGUGAGCGUGGAGAGUCCUGGAAGGAGAAGAAGGCCCACAGGAACUCCACCACGAGCGACCAAUCGGAGCACCCACUGCUGAGAAAGAAGAGCAUGCAGUGGGCAAGGCGGCUGAGCAGGAAGACCACCAAACCGUCCAGCAGAGCAGAGCGUAUCUCGCAGCAGAGACUCAGCCUGUACCGACGCUCCGAGCGACAGGAACUGUCCGAGCUGGUCAAGAAUCGCAUGAAGCACCUGGGCCUGCCCACCGUGGGAUACGAGGAUGUUUCUAAUCUCACUGCGAGCGAUGUCAUGAAUCGAGUAAAUCUAGGAUAUUUGCAAGAGUUGCAGGACAUUUCAAAGCACCCGUAUACAGAGGGGACCAAGCCGUCAGGGCCACAAGCAGACGAGAUGAACGACCACCAGAACACGCUGUCCUACGUCCUCAUCAAUCCUCCUCCUGACACCAUGCUGGAGCUCAACGACAUCGUGUACAUUAUCCGGUCCGACCCGCUGGCACACAUGCCGGAGGACUCACAAGUGGGGCAGGCACCCGGCACCAGGAACCGGCAGGACUUUGGCACAGCGACGAGAGACGAGACUCACCUCUGAACUCCCCCUCCCCCCCUCCCCCCCAUCAGUCCUCGACACCCUGACACCUUAACCUCUAAGCCACCGCCCGGGGCCGACGGAGCACGUUUGUCACACACAGAUGAAGGCUUGUCUCGGACCAAGAACAGCGGUCCAUGGUGAAUGUGCAUUAUGCGUCUCUCAGCCUCGGAUCAGAAAAAUAAAUCUACAUUUGUUUUAAAGAGACGGCCCUGAGAGACCUGCUGUUUCCCCACUGAGCUGCUACAGGAGGAUGCAUGAAGAGUGCCUCGUCAUCGACCCCGACUCCUCCCUCGCACACCUUCAGUACUCGCACACCUUCAGUACUCGCACGCCUUCAGUACUCGCACACUUGUUACCCUCGCACCCUCGCACAGGACAGGGAGACUUGGUGGAUGUCGUGAGAGGUCUUUGGACAGUCGAAAGAGGGUUUUCGUGCACACGCUGUACAGGAUAUCAAAUCAUUUCACUCAGCGGUGAAGUUGCCCUCGCGGGCCGACUUCCUCUUCGCCCGUUUCUGCCUAAACUCGCAAAGAACCGUAAUCUCGGGGCAACGUUACCCUCGUUAUGUUACAUGUGCACCUUUCUUAAUUUAUUACAAAUGUUGGUUUGCUUUUUGUCGGUUUCUAAUCAGACACGAUUUUUGUUUUCUUUAUGAGCACAAACUUUUUUUAUGACGGUGUCAUCUGUGAAUAUACACACUGUAGUGGCAGGUUUAUCAGCCAUAUUAGCAUUGUCAGCAUUUCUCCCUUUGUUGUGCUGUUUCGGACACUGAUUUUUUUUGUUUUGUUGUGAUUGUAAAAAGAGUAAUUAAUUUAUUUUACCAUUUGAAGUCUGCUAUCCCAUAUGUUCCGUUCUUUUGUUUACUCUAUUGCUUUGUAAAUAACUUUUAAAUUAUUUGUAGAUUUUCUGCCAUUUUGCAUGUGGGAGCAUUGUGAUAUCGGUGUUUUUAGUUUAGAGCCUGACCGAUUUAUUGGCCGAGCAGAUAUCAACAGCUGAAUUCAGCUGAUCAAAAAUUAUGUCGGGCUGGAAAGGUAAAACCAAAAAUGUAAUAAUUGUGCCCACAACACAUUCUACUUUAUUUAAUGCAUAUUCAUGUUAUAUUUCUGUGAUUUCUAGUUUAUUUUUAUAAAGUAUUAGUGUUGUGUUUUUGACAUAUUUAUGUAUUAAGUAUAUAGCCAGCCAAGGAAUAGUUUGAAACCAUGGGAAAUAAGCUUAUUUGCUAUUUUGCAGAGAGUGAGAUGAGAAGCUUGAAACCACUCUCAUAUCUGUAUGUUAAAUAUACAGCUAGAGCAAGCAGCUGCUUAGCAUAGCAUAGCAUAAACGUUAAGCUAAUGGAAGCAGGGGGAUGAAGUGUUUCUCUGUGAGUUUAAGGUGCUGGUAGGAAGACUUGAGGGCGGUUUCUCCCUGCUUCCAGUGUUUAUGCUAAGCUAACGGUCUUCUAGCUGUGGCUUCAUAAGGGACGGGCAGACAGAGUGGUGUCCAUGUUCUCGUCUAACUCUCAGAAAAGAACAUCAAUAAGCAAACCUGAAGAAGCACGUACAAAGGACUGUCGAGCUAUUCUAACGAGUAUUGGCUGACAUAUCAAAUGUAAAAAAUCCCGUAUCAGUCAGGCUCAGGUUUUUUUAAAAUUAAUUUACUCUUUUUAAACUUGAACUCAUUUGAAGUUGAUGGUAAAUAUUCAUUCAUAUUGUGAUCCUCCAGUUUCAUAACUCUUUAACGAGGUGCAGUUACACUGGUAGCAGAAUCGUUUUGCACAGACAGCGACGGGCACAGUCGAGUCCAUUUCUAUCCUGUAACCCGUCUGAAUCUAUAGUUGGAACAUACUUGAGCUGAAACAAAGUGCUCUCCUCUCCAAAUUGUACAGGCCACACCUUGUGUAAAAAGGCAGUGUGCAGUAGUUGAUCUCCAUUUAUGUUUGGUUUAAUCGCUGUAAAUAGGAACUUUGUAAAUCGUUUCAGUCUCUUCUGUUUGAUGGAAAGUGAAAGAGGACUUGAACAUAUGUUUGCACUAAGCUCUUCGGGGAUGUGUAGAGCGUAACAGCGUGACCCUUUAAUCCGUACAACACAGUGGACAGUAUUCAGCUCUGUGAUGCAAAGACAAGUCAAACGUGCAGUAACAUGUCAUGCUUUGUUCUUUUCAUUUUUGCAGAUGUUUGAAAAAAGUAUUUUGGUGAGAGCCAUGUUAUUUAUUUGUUAAAGAAAUAUGAAGAGACAGUAAUGAUGGAUUUUUAUUUGAGGAUGCAGCAUAAGCUUUUUUACAUUUAACUGGCCCUCUACAAGCGUCCGUUUACAGGGCAGGAGAGCUGAGGAGUAAAAGUGUGAGCGACCUCGAUGGAAGAUCCGAUCGGUGUGCUGAUCCAUUCAUUUAACGUCUUCCUUGGUCCUCGCUCCCGACUAAGCUUAUAACUCUCCGCACAGAGCUCACUCAGACCUCCUAGUGUCCAUACUUACAAAUACCACAAGGGGCAUGUAAACACAACAGCAUGUUUUGAUAUACAAGCUUGCCAGGAACAAUACAUUUUGUACAUUUAGUGGGAUGUCCCAUGGCUAGAGAAACCCAUAUUCAAGUCAACUGCUUCCAAGUUGGGGCCAUUAUUUGAUACUGUGUAUUUAUAUGAAUGGAACAUGCAUGUUGUGUCCAGGUGUUAUCAAAAGCCUACGUAUCCUGUUUACCUCCACUUUGUUUUUAAGUCAUUGUCAAAAAGGGGUUGAUCCAUUUUGUACUCUUUCUUAUGAGGAGCGAGUGUACUUCUCCACCUAUGAAAUAUGAACAAAUAAAUGCUGCAUGCAGCCAGAUACAAUACAUGAAAAGACCUUUUUAUUUUUUGAUCCCAGAUCGUCAAAUGACAACUUGAUGAAUAUGUGCUUGUAUUUGAUUAGUGCUUUUAUUUGAGUAGUAUCGACUUCAUCUCGCAAUCAGAGAUUACAUUUAAACUGCAGCAGAAAUCAAAAUAAACAAUUUUCUGAAGGAUA